UCAAAAACGUCAAGAUGGCGCACGGAAAAAUCUUAUCGGAUUAUGAAAAGGCUAUAUGGACCCGAGUGAGUCCAACAGCCUUACAUAAAAUAGAAGAAGAAGAAGAAGGAUUAUGAAAAAGGCCAAAUAGACUUAAUGAACAGUGAAAACAGUGAUCGCGUUGUCAGGAAUUAUUUGAAGGAUCCUGCGAGCUAUGAUUCUAACCGUGAUCAUGGAAGAAAAAGGAAGCUUUCCCAGCGUUCUGAGAGGAAUGUGUGGCGUAUGGCUUCGAAUUCAUCUCGUACCUGCAGGUCAAUUAAUGAAUCAUUGGACCUCAAUGUAUCGGUUAGAACCGUGCAAAGGACCAUGGAAUGUUCGCCAGACAUCGUGAGAGCUAAUAUGUCUCCAAGACCCGCGACUAAAACCGCAUCACAUGGAGAUACGCUUAGUUUUCGCUCGAGAGAAUUUAAGGACAGAUUGGACUAAAAUAAUGCAUAUGUUUUAUCACUGUCUUUUUCAUUGUGAUCACUUUGAACUUUUACAGAUCAUCUUCUCAGAUAAAAUGAAGUUUAAUCUUAAUGGACCUGACUAAUUUAGGUAUUACUGGCGAGAUUUAAGGAAAGAACCGCAGUAUUUUUCUAAAAUGAACUUUGGAGGAGGAUCACUCAUGAUUUGGGGAGCAUUUUGUGCGAGAGGAACCCUGGAAUUACGCUUUACCUCGCAUCGAAUGAAGAAUCGAGACUACAUAUCAGUCCCCCGAAGACGUUUGCUGACAUACUUGGACAAGAAAUUUACACAUUUCAGCAAGACAACGCCAGUAUUCAUGUAAGUCAGGAGACGAAGGACUGGAUUUCUGCCCAGGGUAUUCAUAUUCUACCCUGGUCCGCCAUUUCUCCUGACCUUAACUCUAUUGAAAACAUCUGGGGAAUACUUGUGCGAAGUGUUUACAAUGAAAAUCGCCAAUAUCAAGACGUGGAAGAACUCAAAGUUGCGUUACUUGAUGUUUGGCAUAACAUCCCGGAAAACACCAUCCAAAAUCUAAUCAGGAGUAUGACAAACCGGAUUUUUGAGCUGAUUCGUAAACAUUGAGCUACCACUAAGUACUAAAAGUUCUUUUUCUGAUAAUUCGAGCGUUUUCUUUCAUAAAAUUUUAAGUGCGGUUAUGGUUUUGUCAUUUUGAAAAAUGUGAUUUUCUAACAUUUCUUUCAAUUUAAAAUCUCAAUCAAACUCAACCGACUAACCAUUACAAUUUUCUUUUCUCAGAUGAUAAAAUGGAAGUAUUAAGAUAAAAACUACAAUAAAAUUUCUAUAAUUUUUUGAAAAUUCGAAAAAAUUUAGGUGCGGUUAUGGUUUUGUCGCACACUGUAGAGAAUUUCACCACUGAAGCUGCUGUUCUCUGAACAAAAGACUCUGGCACAGUAUUGGGGGAAAAUCCCGAUUCGCGAAUCAAUAUUAAUAACAUCAUUUCCAUCGAAAAUGCAUUCUAUAAUUUUUCAAGAGAAUACGAAAGAAACCAUUUUCUAAAAUAGAACUUCAUGAGAAUAUUUGACUUAGAAAAAUUACUAUUACUAAAUUAAUGUUAAAAUAUUGUACAAACAAGGUCGCUUUUAAUAUAGACAUAAGUAAAGAGAGGCUAACGGAUUUCACCUCGGACCACUAAAGCUGAGAUUAUAAAGAAUCUCAGGUAAUAUCCGGCCACACAAUCACUACGAAUCAUCACACAGCCUACCAAAGUUUAGCAAAAAUUUAAUGAAAUCAAAAUUCACAUUCCUUUUAUUCUCAAACGUUUUGCCUACGUCUAUCUCAUUCUUUCACACUCCAAAUUCGACUGAGCUAAAUUGAAUUUGUUCUAAUGUUAAAAGAAGAAAAAGAGUGCGAAAGAAUGAGAUAGACUUGUGGUAAAUGUGCCAAAUUUCGGCAUAGUUUCAUGCAAGCGCUAAAUUCUUAAGUUUGAUAUGUAAUAUUCUUAAUAUAAAUUGGUCUUUUAAAAUUACUUCUUUCUAAGGAGUGUUGCUUGAAACUUGUAGACAGUUUAUCGUCUUUAUUUUCCAAGGGGUAACUCAUAUUGAGAAACCCUCGUCAAUUAUCCGAGAAAUGCUUCGCGAAACCCGAGAAACCCACUUUUUGCAUCGCAAAACCCGAGAAACCAGAAACCCUUGUCAGAAAAAAUGGGAAUGAGUUACCCCUUGUCAUUUUUUCUAAAAUCAUUCUUAAUACAUUUUAAAAUGAAUAAAAAUGUAGACAUAACUUCAGUGCCCUAUUUCGGCCACCUUUAUUCUCAUAGUUUCUUGCCCUUCGGGAAUUCUUCCAUUUUUCGCAUCUUUUUGUUUCUCGAAGCUACAUUUUUUUUGUUAUUUUUUGCAUUGUAUAAUCUCUAGAAGAGUAUGCAAAAACCAAAAAUUUAUGGAAAUCUGAGGAAUAAAAAUGGUGGUUGGAAUUGCAAGCAGGCCGGAAUUUGGUACACACCCUACGGAAAUCUUUUAAAAAAGAAAGGGAUUCGAAUUUCGAGUUCAUGAAAUUUUCCUGAUCUAAAAGCUGUGCCGGAGCCAUAAUAAUUUAAAUUGGUGUUUGAUAGAAAAAAAACAUUUACUGACAAUUUUUAUCAUGAACAAUAGAUUUUUUUUUUAAUUUCUGAAAUAGAUUGUAUAUUUUUUAUUAAAAAUAUUGUGAAAAAUAAAUGAAUUCAAAGGAAAAUUCAGUUAAAUUAUAAAACCAAAUCUUAAAAAAAAUGAAUAGGCCUUUAUAAAAUUUUCGAAUUUCGAUAAUCACAUAACCUCUACUUGAGAAAGUUUGUUGAUGUAUCAACACAAAAAUAGGGUUUGUUUUAUAAAAGAUGCAGCAAAAAGUACAUUUCCUGUGAAGAUCAUUUAAAUUUGACUAGUUAGUCUUGUAAAAUUAAAUAGAUUAAGUCAACAAGACAACAAAAAUGAAAUCAGAAUUGGACUUCUUCCUCUUGCACCAUAGAAUCUUUCUUGUGAAAAAUUUUUACCAAUGUAACGGAGAUUAUUUUGGUGUUAAAACCAAAUAUGAGACCAACUACAAGGACAGAAAUGACUCCCCAAAGUUCUCAUGUGACGUCUUGAUCGAGGUAGUUAACCUUUUUGAGGAAACUGGAAGUGUAUUCAAGCCUCCGGAAAACACUGUUCAGACAGCUUGUGGACAAAUCGAGCAGGUUUACAUAAAAACGGAGAAUCCGGAUGAAGAAUAUACUGAAGUACAUUGUCCAGAUGAAUUCGGCUUCGACCCUCCCGAAAUUAGAGAGAACAACGUCACUCAUAUCAGGGACGUAACUCAAGUACAAAAUGGCUCAUCUGAUUCUAAUACCUCGAAUGAUAAUUACGAGCAAUUCCCACUAACCCAGGAAUUUAAAAGCGAGAUAGUUGAUAAAGAAUCUGAAGAAUUACACGAGCUGUGCUUUUUAUGCAAAAAACGCUUGAAACGGAAUCACACAGAGACAGAGCAUCAUGAUCCAAAUGAAGAGUUCAGCGAUGGGUCAUCAUCAAAAUGCGAAGGACCAAAACCAGCAAAAAUUCCUAAAGAGGAUAUGGGAAAAAUCGAAGGCAAGAAAAGCAAAAGAAAUAGAAUUAUAAAUGAGCCAGUCAUACAGGCAGCUCUCCAGGAUAUUCUCCAAGACAAGAUUAACCUCAAUAGUGCUGCCAUACUCUUUGGAAUCCCGAAGAGUACAUUGUUUUCAAGAUUGAAAAAGAUAAAACAAGAAUUACCGGAGUCGCAGAAUGUAUCUCUGAUGAUGGGAUUAAAGAACAAGGAAAUGGUGAACAAAUUUGCGUCACGGCAAAUUUUCAACAUGGCACAAGAGGAAAAUCUUGUUACAAAUAUGUUGGAAUUCUCCAAACUCAAUUUUGGCCUCACCUUACACGUAGUACGAGAAGUGGCCUACCAGUAUGCCAUCAGCAUUGGGCAGACGGUUCCAGCAAGUUGGGAGGACAACAAGACUGCUGGAAGAGCGUGGGCUAAAUGGUUUUUAAAUAGACACAGAGAACUUACAAUUCAAAGACCGGAAGCCACUUUACAAAGAAAAAACACCUUCACUCGGGAAAACGUGGAAAUGUUCUUUAAAAAUCUGAAAGACAUCAGGAUACAACAUUAUUUUGAGCCUUCUAGAAUUUUCAGUCUCGAUGAAACGGAAAUGAGUACUGUCCCGCAAAUAUUUGUGGGAAAAUCAAAGGAAGCAGGGAAAUGUGUUACAACGGAAAGGGGAGAAACUGUUACGAUUUAUGCAUUUGUUAAUGCGGCGGGACAAUCACUUCCUCCAGUUUACCUAUUUCCUAGAAGAAGAAAUAGUCCUGCGUACAUGGAAGGUUGUAUUGAGGAAUCUGUUGCUUUUUGUAAUGGAACAGGCUCGAUGGACGCAGAUACCUUUUUGAAAACUCUUGAGCAUUUGAAAACUCAGACUGCUGCAUCCAAAGAUGAUCAAAUAUUAUUGAUCUUCCAUAACCAUGUCUUAUCUCACUUGUCUGUAGACGCCAUGAUAUUCUGUAAAGAAAACGGAAUACAUAUCUUGGCUCUGCCAUUGCACACAAUCCAUCGUACGAAGCCGUUUGAUCUAUCAGUAUUUUCAUCAUUUGAAACGUAUUGUGCGAGUGCAUUAGAUGCUUGGAUGUCAGCAAAAGCAGGGAAUCGAGUUAAAAUUCACAACAUUGCAAGACUCUCUGUAGAACCACUCCAAAAAUGUAUGACUUCCGAAAAUAUCAAGGGUAGCUUUAUGAAGAUUGGUAUAUACCCGAUGGACAGCUCCAAACUACUCUCAUUCUUUGAGACAACUGAAGCUGCUUUCCCAUCGACGAUAGACUCUUGCACAGUAUUGGAGGAAAAUCCCGAAGAAAUAUUAACAUCACCAUUUGCAACGGCAGUGAAUGCCACAGCUACAAAUUUUCAAGAGGAAAACACGGAAGAGAUGAUUUCUCAAAAUAAGAUUUGAUAAGAAAAAUUCUAGUAGAAAUAUUACAAUAAAGUGAUUUUAAGCUUUCGUACAAACUAUAUUUAAGCAAGUCGAUUGUAGUUUUAUUUAAAUAAACAUUGAUAGGCAAA